UAGCCAAUCAGAUGUAACAAUUAAGAUGGGACUCUCGGUUCUAUUUUCUCGCAAGUUUGUGACUCAACCAACUUUGUACGAUAUUUCCCGUCUCUAUCUUUUUGGACUUGACCUUCUUGUCAGAUCGUACUGGCUCGUGCUAUCAAUGGUGCUCCGGUGUUAAUUCGAUUUUCAACAUCAUCUCCUCCUCAGCGGAAAGGACAAAGUGAAAGAUGGCUGUGGCUGCCAGGGCCUUUUCUAAAUUCACUGUUAGAAACUGUGGAAGUUUGUUACGAUCUCAGGUGAGGUUUAAUUACACAGAAACUAGGAAGAAUAUAAAAAUCGAUGCAAAUACCAAAGUGAUAUGUCAAGGUUUCACUGGAAAGCAAGGAACUUUCCAUUGCCAGCAAGCUCUUGAUUAUGGUACAAAGAUAGCAGGUGGAGUCAAUCCUAAAAAAGCAGGUAUAGAACACCUUGGAAAACCAGUGUACAAGUCAGUUAAAGAGGCAAAAGAAGCAACUGGAGCUACUGCAACAGUCAUUUAUGUUCCUCCUCCAGCUGCAGCAUCAGCCAUUAUGGAAGCGAUUGAUGCAGAAAUGCCAUUAAUUGUUUGUAUUACGGAGGGUAUUCCUCAACAUGACAUGGUCAAAGUGAAAAGACGAUUACUUGAUCAAAAUAAAUCACGUUUAAUUGGUCCAAAUUGUCCUGGGAUAAUAGCACCUGAACAGUGUAAAAUUGGUAUUAUGCCUGGCCAUAUACAUCAAAAAGGGAAGAUUGGUAUUGUUUCGAGGUCAGGAACCCUAACUUAUGAGGCUGUGAAUCAAACAACACUUACGGGACUUGGACAAACAUUAUGUAUCGGUAUUGGUGGCGAUCCAUUCAAUGGUACCGAUUUCAUUGACUGUUUGGAUGUAUUUCUUACUGACCCAGAUUGCACUGGUAUUAUAAUGAUAGGAGAAAUUGGUGGCAGUGCAGAGGAACUUGCAGCAGAAUAUCUCAUCGAAAAAAAUACUGGUGGAAAAGCUAAACCAGUAGUAUCAUUUAUCGCUGGUCUUACUGCACCACCUGGACGAAGAAUGGGACACGCUGGUGCCAUUAUUUCAGGAGGAAAAGGUGGCGCGCAAGAUAAAAUUAAUGCACUUGAAAAAGCUGGCGUAAUAGUAACGAGGAGUCCUGCACAAAUGGGUAAUGAGCUUCUGAAAGAAAUGACACGACUCGGCUUGAUUAAUAAUUAAGACACACACUACUAUAAUUCUGUGUAGUUCUCUUCAUAUCCAUGUAAAAUGUCUUCGUGAAGAAUAAAUUGAAAGUAUGCCAUACAGCAAUAACUCACAGAACAUAGUAGUGCAUUGAAAAAGUUAUUUCACUUGCUAAUAUAUUAUAUCAAUUGUUCAUGAUAGAACAGUGUUCAAUGCUAAAGAUUGCAUGAAAGAUAAUUGAUAUUUUUUUAGAGACCUGGAUUUAUUUUAACAAGUAUUCUUUAUAAUACUUUAUAAUUAAUUGUUACGUUAAAUGAUGAUUCACGUCCAAGAGUAAUUUAUAAAUUAUCCACGGGAACGUUAAAACUGCCAUUGAUCUGUCACAAUUUUGACUAAUGCAGAGUCAUAAAUUUUUCUAUAUGUAAUCUUGAGGGAAGGUUGUUUAAGUGUAUAUUAUUAUUGUAAAUUAUGUCAUAAUAUAUAUUACAAUGAAUCUUAAAGUAUGUAUCCUUAUUGUAAAUCAUGUUAAGAAUUCAAAUAUAUAUAUAAAUAU